AUGCCGCCCACGCUGCAUCCGCGGUCCCGCCAAACCGUGUCUCUCUUCACCGGCACGCUGCUUGUCUCGUUCUUCGUCGUCGGCCUACCACACAUCCUGCCAUGCCCCGUCCCUGCGCGCGCCUUUGCCGACGCGGGCGCGAACGACAUCGAACCGGGCCAGCGUCGCAGGCGCAGAAGAAAUAGCGCCAUUGAUUCUGAUGGCGCCGAGUCGAGCCAGAACCAGCUGGCAGCGGAUAGUGACGCGGAUUUUGUCAAUGGCCGCCCGAUGAGAGAGUGUCCCGUGCCCAAGCCAGGAGGACUAGUUGGGCAGAUUCUGGGCUUCGAGGGAAAGGAGCGCGCGGUUCCGAAGACGGUCAUCGUGGAGAGUGUGAGGGCCCGGAGGAGCAGGAAUAAUGAGCAGGAAGAAAAGUCGUGA